AUGGCAGGGGCUGGAAGCGCCUUGGCCCUGAAAUUCUUUCGAAUGAGCUUAUAUGAAAGCACACAACAAAAGAUAUAUGCGGAUCGCAUCAUUGAGAUAUUGAAGACAAAUUUGACGCUCCAUACUGUGUUAAUUGAGGGAUUGCUCUUGGGAUUUCUUGAGCCCGAACAGGAGAAAUUGAUUAAUUACUACACAUCGCUGAAUCGAUUUGGAAGAGCCCUGGUGCAAGAUCCAGAAAUUCCGCUACAGGAUGUUGUGGAAAAGAUUGCACGCCUCAAUCUGGACACGAAAUACUAUGAUUUUCCUCUCUCUCCAUGUUACUACAAAUGCGGCGUACCAGUGCUCUAUGGGAUCCUCAGAGAAGUUCCUGGAAAGUGGAUUGACCAUGUGGUGGAGGCAGAGAGGAAGAGGGAAGCACUACCAAAUUGCAGUCUGAAACGGAAAGCCUCUGCCUGA